ACACGCUGGACUUUUUGGGAACGCGUACCGGUGCCAUUUUUACGCACGGAGAAAACCAUGCUCGCGCCACCCCGCGCUCUAACGCACACCGGGAGCCCCGGGUGAAACUCUUCGGAGAGUAGGUGUCGGUGUGCGCAGCGCGACAACCAGCCGAGCGCGAGAGAGAGAGCGCGAGCGCAGAGGACUAUACGGGAGUUGUUGGGCAGAAGAAAGUUGUCGCGGAGCUUCUUUUUUUUUUUAGUCGGCAUCAUAUUUACCGGGGGGGAAGCAACCGGCCGGGGGGGGGGCGCCGCGUGAUCGAUGUGCCCGGUUGAACCGCACCGUGCUGACAUUCCCCUGUAGUCCCGGUGCCUCGGCUCACGGAAGGGGUUAACCGCCUCCACGGGGACCGGGGGGAGCCAGCCGCUUCUCCCCCGGACGGGUCGACUCAUUGGGUGGGAGCGCAGCGAGAGACGAGAGUCCCCAGCAAAUCAGGAGCUAAUUGAUUAAAGAGACUUCAUUUGAAUAGGAGGGGGGCUGGCGAGGUGCCAAUCGCCUUUCAGAGAAGCCCCCCCCCCCCCUGUGAUUAAUCGCAGAGCAUUAUUGAUAAUCAUAACGGGGCACAUGCGCGGUGGAUGGGCUCGAUUUACGUAAUUUUUUGAGCAGCUUUUGGACUCAUCUUCCGGAGUUGUUCUCCCGCCGAUGUGCAGCCAGCAUGUCGCGGAGGAAACAAGCGAAGCCGCAGCACUUCCAGCCCGACCCGCACCGGCCCUUCUCGGAGCACAAUGGGGACACCGAGCUCUGCUCAGAGGACCGCCGCCCCGCCCCCCCCUGCAGGGACCCGGACGCCCACGUCUGCGGCCGAUGUUGCGCCGAGUUCUUUGACCCGUCGGAUCUGGAGGAGCACCAGAGGAGCUGCACUAAGAAUCAGUUAGUCCUGAUCGUGAGCGAGAACCCCGUCUCCCCCGCCGGAACCUUCUCCCCCCCCGGGUCGCCCCCCGACGACCACGCGGCUCACAACGCGGAUCGGACGGAGUGCGGCGACCUGUUCGACCCCGGCGCUCUGGACGGAGACGAGGCCAUGGAGGUGGACGUCUCCGGGAUGAGCAGCGGCCACGAGGAGGACGGCAGCGACGCGGACAGCGGGAGCCCCGGCAACACCGGCGGCAGCGGCGGCGGGACUUCGUCCGUCUCCGCGCCGCCGGGAAGCUUCUCCGUGAUCAACAGCAACGUCAUCAUCGAGAACCUGCAGAGCACCAAAGUGGCCGUGGCCCAAUUCCCCCAGGAGGGCCGUAACCCGGGGGCCCCCAGGGUGCCGGCCCUCAUGCAGCAGCUCCUCGCGCUGCAGCAGCAGCAGAUCCACCAGCUGCAGCUCAUCGAGAGGAUCCGCCACCAGAUCCUGCUGCUGGCCUCCCAGACCCCGGAGCUGCAGGCGCCUCUGACUUCCGCUCCGGGCGCCGCCGGCCCGCUGACCGCGCUCGGCUCGCAUCUGUCCCAGCAGCUGGCGGUCGCCGCGGGCCUCGCGCAGAACCUGGCCAGUCAGUCCGCCAGCAUCAACAGCCUGAAGCAGCUGGCGGCGGCGGCGCAGCUACCUCAGUCCAACCCGAGCGGCGGCGCGCUCCACGGCCACGCCUCCGACCAGAGGCCCGAUCACAUGAGCGGCCUCCGCCCUCAGCUCGGCAACGCCUCCCUCGCGCCGGCGUUUGGAAUGGGUAGCCUGUUGAAUCCCCUUCUACCUCAGCCCCCCCCACCUGGAAACCCCAUAUGUUCCAGCUCUCUGCCCGGUGUUGGCACCACCGUGGAGGACCUCCACCCUUUAGCGGCGUUGGACCAGCAGCGGAACGGCAAGCCGCCAAACAUCACUCCGUUGGAACAGAAGAGCGGCACCGACGAGUCCUUCUUCAAGCACAAGUGCCGCUUCUGCGGCAAGGUGUUCGGCAGCGACAGCGCCUUGCAGAUCCACCUGCGCUCGCACACCGGCGAGCGGCCGUACAAGUGCAACAUCUGCGGCAACCGCUUCUCCACCCGCGGGAACCUGAAGGUGCAUUUCCAGCGCCAUAAAGAAAAGUACCCGCACAUCCAGAUGAACCCGUACCCCGUUCCCGAGCAUCUGGACAACAUACCGACGAGCACCGGCAUUCCCUACGGCAUGUCCAUGCCUCCGGAGAAGCCCGUCACCAGCUGGCUGGACAGCAAGCCGGUGCUGCCCACGCUGACCUCCUCCGUCGGCAUGCUGCUGCCACCCACCGUGCCCAGCUUGCCCCAUUUCAUCAAGAAGGAAGACCAUUCCAUCGCCGUGACGAGCCCGCCUCUCGCAAAGAGCGUCUCGAAAUGCAACGACGGAGUCUCCGAAGAGGGCGAAGGUGCAACUCUGCCGACGUCGAACGGGAGAACGGAAGAAGGCAGCCGCUCCUCGGGCUUCAUGACCAACGUGAGCUCGGCCUCGGAGAGCGCCGCGGACUACGCGACCUCCAACAGCCCGCCCAUGAUGACCAACCCCCUCAUGCCUCUGAUGUCGGAUCAGUUCAAGGCGAAGUUCCCCUUCGGAGGCAUCCUGGACCCCCUCCAGGGGUCGGAGACCUCCAAGCUGCAGCAACUGGUGGAGAACAUUGACAGGAAGAUGGCGGACCCCAACGAAUGCGUCAUCUGCCACCGGGUGCUGAGCUGUCAGAGCGCUCUGAAGAUGCAUUACCGCACUCACACCGGGGAGCGGCCCUUCACGUGCAGAGUCUGCGGCCGGGCGUUCACCACCAAGGGGAACCUCAAGACUCACUACAGUGUGCACAGGGCCGUGCCUCCUCUGAGAGUCCAACACUCCUGCCCCAUCUGCCAGAAGAAGUUCACGAACGCCGUGGUUCUGCAGCAACACAUCCGCAUGCACAUGGGCGGACACAUCCCCAACACCCCUCUGCCGGAGAGCUACCCGGAGUCCAUGGUCUCGGACACCGGCUCCUUCGGGGAGGGAGACAUGGACGAUCUGGACAACUUCUCUGAUGACUUUGAGGGAAUGGAGGAGGGCCCGGACACGCCCCGGUCGGCCGACGCCUCCCACGACAGUCUGUGCGACUCCCCGGCCGCCCUCGACGUGGCCGAGCAAGAGAGGGACGGCCGAGAGCACGCCCACCAUCACGGAACCGAGGAGCUCCACAUCAUCCAGAUGAGGGCGAUGACCAACGGCUUCGUCGAGGGAGGUUGCUUCACCAAUGACUCCUCGUCUCUAGUCGGGGAUGUUGAAAGCCAAAGCGCCGGCAGUCCAGCCGGGUCCGAAUCUACCUCCGCCGCGCAGGCGCCCUCCCCCCCUUCCAGCAUGCAGCCGCAACCACGCAAAUCCCCGAGUCUGGAAGAAAGGCACCAGAGGGCCUUGUCCCUGGAGCACGCCACCGCCAGCCUCCUGCACUCGCACCCCUCCAACGUCGGAGCGCUGGACCUGACGUCCGUCAACCCCUCCAGGGACCCGCUCGGCACGCUGUUCCCCUUCCGCGAGCGCAGCGUCGUCCGGAACACGUCCUGCGACAUCUGCGGGAAGACCUUCGCCUGUCAGAGCGCCUUGGACAUUCACUACCGGAGCCACACCAAAGAGCGGCCGUUCAUCUGCACGGCGUGCCACCGGGGCUUCUCCACCAAGGGCAACCUGAAGCAGCACAUGCUCACCCACCAGAUGAGGGACCUGCCCUCGCAGCUCUUCGAGCCGUCGACCGCCAGCCUGCCGUGCAGCCCGACCCCGUCCCUCCUGUCCGUGUGCUCUCUGAGCAAACCCGAGGUCAACGGCUUCUUCCACAGCCUCCACCACGAGGUCAAGGAGACGGUCCCGUCCUCGGCCUCCACCUCCCCGGUGCUCUCCUCCUCGGCGGCGCCGCCGCGCAGGACGCCCAAGCAACACUUCUGCAACGCCUGCGGGAAGUGCUUCUCCUCGUCCAGCGCGCUGCAGAUCCACGAGAGGACCCACACGGGGGAGAAGCCCUUCGCCUGCAGCAUCUGCGGCCGGGCCUUCACCACCAAAGGAAACCUCAAGGUCCACAUGGGCACACACAUGUGGAACAGCGCUCCCGCCAGACGUGGCCGCCGGCUCUCCGUGGACGGGCCGUUGGCCUUCCUGGGCGCCAACCCGGUGAAGUUCCCCGAGAUCUUCCAGAAGGACAUGGCGUCGAGGGCGAGCAACGGGGACCCGACGAGCUUCUGGAACCAGUACGCCGCGGCCUUCUCCAACGGCCUGGCCAUGAAGACCAACGAGAUCUCCGUGAUCCAGAGCGGCGGCGGCGGCGGCGGCGUGAUGAACGGCGGCGGCUCGCCCGUCGGCGGGCUGACCGGCGGCCUCGGCAAGCUGCACAGCAUGGAGCCCAACGCCGCGCUCGCCGGCCUGGAGAAGAUGGCCAACACGGAGAACGGCGCCCACUUCCGCUUCACGCGCUUCAUGCAGGACAACAAAGAGACCGUCACCAGUUAGAGGAGGAGGGGGAGGAGCUCUCGGACACGCGGCGGCGCCCGGACGCUUUGCUCGCUGUCUUUUCACGAAAGACCAAAUGUCUUUUUUUUUGUACAAUGUACAUGUUAUAGUUUAACGGAGCUUAUUUAUUAGUGAUUAUAACCGUUGCUUGGGAACCGAGUGGAAGCGUUGCGUUCGGGUUUGUUUCUGUUUCUGAAGCCGCGGCGGGGUUCGGACGGGCGCUUUAAAAAAAAGAAAAGAAGAAAAAAGUGCUUUUGAAGCUUGGAGGACGAGGAGGCGUUAAGUUAUGUUCUGUCUGUAGUCGCUCUAACCGAACUGUGGACGUCCGUGUGAUGCAUUCGCCUGUAAUACGCAACCAGACUGUAAAUAAUGUGCACUUCUGUAGAUGCUCUAACAUCUGUGUGUUCACCCCCCCCCCCUCCCCCCCUCAUCAAAGCAAAACAAUGGAAUUCAGGCGAGGGACUAAACGAUGUGCUAUAGUUCCAUUUCUUUCCAAUUUAUAUUCACCUUUUUUAAUUUUAUUUAAGGAAGACGAAGCAUUGACGUUUGUUUCUUUCGUGUUUAACUUGUUGUCGUUUACCGUUUCUCCGUCUUGUACUUUCUACUUUUUAUUUACUUCCAUAUUGGUCCCUCUGGUUUUUUUCUUCCCCUUUCUUCUUAUUUUUCCGUGUUUUUAUUGUCGAAAGCGAGACAGAAGGGAACAUCCGGUGUGUGCGUGUGUGUGCGUGUGUGUGUGGCCCACUUUUUUCCUGUCUUUUUUUUUUUUUUUUUUGGGAACUGAGACAGCCAAUCAAAUGAGCAGGAUUCUCCUUCAAGAUUUCCACGUCGCUGCUAUAUGUCCCAGCAUCCUCUCUGGCACCACGUGCAGAGCCAUGUGUCGAAGCUUCUGUAAAUAUUGUUCACACGUGGAAAUAAAAACUCCCUCGUAAAGAAAAUGUACAUACAGCUCACACCGAGAGAAGUCCAUCGGGCCGGGACAACGAGAGUGUUUUUAUAAAUAUAAAUAUAUAUGAGGUUUGACAACCUUCGGACUGUUACAUGCACUUUCUUGGAAAGUUGGAAGAUCUUUAUGGGUCCAGUUUCUCUACACUUUAAUACCUACUAACAACUAAGAUACUGUAAUUCUUUACUCUAAUAAUCAAAUACAUCAGUUUUCCAAAAGAAACAUUGUGCUUGUGUGUGUAUGUGUGCUUUUAUUCCCAUCUUUAUUUAUCAUACCCUCGGAUAUAUAUAUAUAUAUAUAUACAUAUUUAUUUAUUAUUGUUCACGCAUCCAACGAUGACAAUCAUUUGGAAGGAGAGCAUCAAAUAAAGAGACUUUUUGACUGAA